AUGUCCCCGCCCCAGACGAUGCCUCAAUGGCUCUCAGUAGCCCUGUCAUCGGAGAAGCACCUGAACACCGUCCUGCGCGUACUGACGAACCGCGAAUCAAAACGCGACAGUGCCCGCACUGCAUCGCAGCUCAAAGCCCUCGACGACAAAUCACAGCCCAAUGAAAUGCGAUCUCCUCUCGCGUUUCUCUUUCGACGUAGCAAAGACGCCCUUCCGCAACUUGUGGACCACUACGCAGUUACCGCAGGCGCGCACGAAGCUCAUCACCAUUUCAACCGUUAUGUCGACAUAAUACCCUACGAUCGAACGCGUGUUGGGGUCCAUGAGGGAUCCCUGGGGCAAGGGACGGAACGAGAUGGAAUCUGGGAAGGCCGCUACUUGAAUGCGAGCUGGGUGUUGGAGAGAUUUGGACGCAAGUGGUGGAUCGCGACACAGGCGCCGCUGAAGCAUACCGCCCAUGCGUUCCUGAGCGCCAUUUUGCAAUCUGUCAUGAGGCCGCCAGUCGAAGGACCGCCUUCUCAAUUAGACACCUCUUCUCCAAUAAGCCGAGUUCGCACCGUCGUCCAGUUGACGCGAAAUAUGGAAGGCGGUCGCAAGAAGGCCGAUGCGUACUUCCCAACGGAGGUUGGGCGUUCCGUUGUCGUCUCUCCAGAACCAGGGCACGAUGGCCCUCCCCUCAAAGUCACUCUGCUGGAAACGAAAACGAUCCGAGCAUCCCACUGCAUCGAAAGCACGGUAUCUAUCAUCCCCAUUCAUCGCACAGACCACAAAGGAGAAAACGACGACGAAGUAGUUGUUUUUCGGCAUAUGCUUUAUACGUCCUGGCCUGACCAUGGAAUCCCUGAACCCGAAGAUCGAGAGAGUCUCCUUUCCUUCAUCCGUCUCGUCGACAACACAAAUCGCAUUAUUUCGUCGUCUUCAAGAGGCAAAUCCACGCCUCUUAAUAACACGGCGGGUGAAUUAGACUCCGACCCACCUAUCAUGGUCGGCUGUUCUGCCGGUGUUGGGCGAACUGGAACCUUCAUCGCGAUCUCAUCGUUGUUGCGAUCCUACAGCUUCUUACCACCCGCAGCGCGCCCGACUCCUGCAUCUGUCAUUCAUGCAUCCCCCUUGGGACCUCUUCCUGAAGAACUUGAAGAAGACGAGAUCGCGCAGGAGAUAGAUUCGUUAAGAGAACAACGUCCGAGCAUGGUUCAGAGAAAGGAGCAGAUAUUUCUCAUAUACGAGCUCUUGGCAGAUGCUUUCUCCGAAAACAAUUAG